CGGAUGGCGACGCUGGCAGUCGCCACGGGACCCAACAGCUUCAGCUUGGCCGAAAUCAGCUGCGGCUCUGAUGCAUCUGGAAAACACAGGAAGAGCAAGAAGAAGAUGGCAGAGCAGAAAAAAUCCCAGAGCUUGGAAGAACCUGUUGUGGCGUCCUGCAAUGGACACAAGCCACCCUUGUCCCGAUCCAAAACCUACGACCCGUGUUUCGGCAAAGAGACAGAGGAAGAAGCAACUUCUGUCCAGCAUAGGAACUCUGUCCCAAAUAUAUCCACUCUGAUGAAGCACGCUGUCAACUUCCACCGAGUGUUUAAAGAUCUCUCUGAAGAGGAGGAACUCUUGGAGACGUUCUCCUGUGCCUGGCAACGGGAGGUGCCUUAUCAUGGCCGCCUGUACAUCUCGCACAAUCACGUCUGCUUCUACUGUAGUAUGCUGAGGAGGGAGGUUAAGGUCGUCAUUCCGGUGCAAUCCAUCAGCGUCCUGAAGAAGGCCAACACAGCCUUGUUGGUACCCAACGCCAUCUGCAUCCGUACAGCCGAAGGAGAAAAGUUCCUUUUCGGAUCACUACGGUCACGGGAAAGCACUUACCAGCUGCUACGCUCAGUUUGUAAACACCUCCAGGAUGGAAUCCGGGACAGCAGCCUGACCAGUCCUUACAUCAGUUCAGACCAUCUUCUUAAGAUAUCCCUGCUCUCAAAGGAGUUGGAUUCAAAUCACACUCCGCCAGAGUAUGAAAUCCUCCCAGAGGAGCCAGAUGAGGUGGACGGGUCGCAGAAGUUCUCCGAAGCGCCAUUUGAGCCGCCGCAAAUGUCAACAAGCAGAGGCAGAGAGCGGGUCACGAAAUCACGGAGAAGCUGGGAGAUUCCACUGUGCCCCCUCAACACAGUCAUCCUUAUAUAUCUCUUCUUAGUUGUCGUCUUGCUUCUUUCUUCGGGCUACAUCGGUUUGCGUAUUGUCCAGCUGGAGGAAGAGCUGACCUCCAUGGGAGCCUGGCCGGAGCUGGAUGGGUAUAAGGCAACCUGAGAGCCAGGUGGGAUCCAGUCUUCCAUAUGCAGCCAAAUCUUCAACACCCAUCUUCAUACCUGCUGGUUGGACAUGUGAGAGAA